UAAAAUGGACAACGUUCACAAGUUACAAGAAGAAAAGCACCCUACGGUAAUCAGACCCCAUUGACAUCAUAUAUAACACACAAAUGAGAACACCCACGGUACUAAAAAUUAGUUAAAUACUAAGCAAUAAGUUAUAUGCACAUCCCAAACGUACACAGGGUCCUAAACAUACCUCCUCUGUCCACUGUUGGUAGGCUGGUGUGAAUCCCAGACAAUAUGGAGGAAGGGGAAGCAUACUCUCCCUCCGAAGUCCUCGGAGCAGAGUGCUUCACAAGCUUGAGCUCAGUCUCCAAAAAGAGGAACAAAAACAAGAAGAGGUUCAGUGAUGAACAGAUCAGAUCAUUGGAAACCAUCUUCGAGUCUGAGUCGAAGCUCGAGCCACGAAAAAAGCUGCAGCUGGCAAGAGAGCUUGGAUUGCAACCGCGACAGGUUGCGAUAUGGUUUCAGAAUAAGAGAGCUCGGUGGAAGUCAAAGCAGCUCGAACGAGACUACAGCAUACUAAGAGCCAAUUACAAUACUCUGGCUUCCCAAUUCGAAAUCCUCAAGAAAGAGAAGCAAUCCUUAGUUAUACAGUUGCAGAAGCUGAAUGAUCUGGUGGAUAAGUCUCAAGAGGGAAGCCAGUGUUGCAGUAAAGAGGCUGGCGAGAACAGAACUGAAGGCAAAUCAAACAGUGGAGAUGACAAGAGCGAAUUUGAAGUGAAGCCCAGCCUGUCGAUAGAAAGGUCAGAUCAUGGAGUUGGUGUCCUUUCGGACGAUGAUAGCAGCAUAAGGGCAGAGUAUUUCGGGCUAGACGAAGAACCUGACCUUCUGAGCUUUGUGGAACCAGCUGAUGGUUCCUUGACAUCACCUGAAAACUGGGGAAGUCUCAACUCCAAUGAUUGCUAUGACCAGUCUAAUAAUAGUUAUCAUUGGUGGGACUUCUGGACUUGAAUCAAUUAAACACUCCUUUAUGAAAAGAAGAAGAAAAAGAUCCAACACCCAACAACAUGGAGGAAAUGUAUGCAAAUAAUCCUCCUCCUGUUGGUAGUACCCUGUAGAGGAGCACGGGAUGGUUAAUCUUGUCAGCAAAUCUAGAAUUUCAGAUGCCAAUCGGUGUAGCUUUUGAGGAUUUGAAAAUCGGGAAUUUAGAACUUUAGUCUAUCCUCUUGAUACCAAUCCAAAAGCAGCUAAUCUUGAGCUAUUUGCACAUCUCCACACUCGCACACAAAUUAUGCUUCAACAAACACAAUGCACUUUAAAGUACAUGAAGCAUAAAAUUAGUUGGCAUUGUGAUCAAGAAAAACAACGAACUCAAAAUCUUAGCUUCAUGUUGCAAGUUCCAAUUGCUGUCUUUUUUCAGUAGUAAUCAUACGGUUGUAUUGACAAAUGAAAGAAAUGCUCGAAUACACACUUUUAAUUUUUAUA